AUAUCUCAGACGCAAAGGAAUCCAAAUGAAAAUAAGAAGGUUGCAAACAAAAAAGUGUGUGGUUAAACUGGGAAUCAUCUGAUUACUUUAGAAACUCUCUCACUCGAGGAAGGAAGCGACCAAGGGCUUUCGGCAGAUUUGAUCUGGACCGGACCACUGGUGUGAAGGCAUCGUUGCACUUUAGAAGCUUGUCAUUUCCAAAAGAAAAGGAUAUGAAUCAGCAAUUAAUCACGAGUCGUCGAGUGUCGAGUAGGACUGUUCAGUUUUCUUCUUUAAUGCAAACCAGCAACUGUUCCAACAGAAGAAGCGCAAGGAGAGACAUGGAAACCAGUAGUAGCAGCAGCACCCUCACCAACGGCGGCCAGUGGAGAGCCGAGGAAGCGGUCGCCGGUAAUUGGGAAGCUCUACGAGCUCUGAGAGAACUGAUAACCUCCCCUCUCCUCUACUCUCGCGAGUCUCGGAAACUCGGCCUUAAAUGGCCUCGGGGUUUGCUGCUCUACGGCCCUCCUGGCACUGGAAAGACGAGCUUGGUUCGAGCAGUAGUUCGUGAAUGUGGUGCCCAUUUGAUAGUUCUUAGCCCACACUCUGUUCAUAGAGCACAUGCUGGAGAAAGUGAGAGAAUUUUGAGGGAGGCUUUUGCUGAAGCAUCAUCUCAUGCAAAAUUAGGGAAACCUUCAGUCAUUUUUAUAGAUGAAAUUGAUGCUAUCUGUCCUCGAAGAGAUUCCAGAAGGGAACAAGACAUUCGUUUAGCCUCUCAGCUCUUUAUGCUGAUGGACUCUAAUAAAUCUUCCUCGACGUCUACAUCUCAUGUGGUUGUGGUUGCAUCAACUAAUAGAGUGGAUGCAAUUGAUCCCGCGCUUAGAAGGUCUGGGCGUUUUGACACAGAGAUUGAAGUCACAACACCUAGUGAAGCUGAACGCUUUCAAAUUCUCAAGCUCUACACAAAGAGGCUUUCUUUGGAUCCCGAUGUCAACUUGCAAUCCUUGGCUGCUGCGUGCAAUGGUUAUGUUGGAGCAGAUUUAGAAGCUUUGUGUCGUGAGGCUGCUCUUUCUGCACUUAGAAAAUCUUCAGAUGGAGAUCUUGGAGGCAAAAUAUGUAACAUAACAGUGGAUGAUUUUAAACAUGCUAGGUCAAUUGUUGGGCCGAGUAUAACAAGAGGUGUUACAGUUGAAAUCCCAAAGGUUUCUUGGGAAGACAUUGGUGGUCUAUAUGAGUUAAAGAAAAAGCUUCAGCAAGCUGUUGAGUGGCCCUUGAAACACUCUUCAGCUUUUUCACGGCUCGGGGUGUCCCCUAUUCGAGGAAUCCUUCUUCAUGGUCCUCCAGGUUGUUCAAAAACAACACUUGCUAAAGCUGCUGGUCAUGCAGCCCAAGCAUCAUUCUUUUCAUUGAGUGGUGCAGAACUCUUUUCUAUGUAUGUUGGUGAAGGCGAAGCUUUGUUGCGUAAUACAUUUCGGAGGGCUCGUCUUGCAGCUCCUAGUAUAAUUUUUUUCGACGAAGCUGAUGUUGUUGCUGCAAGACGAGGAGGAAGUUCAAGUGGCAGCACUACAGUGGGUGAGAGACUUUUAUCUACUCUACUAACAGAAAUGGAUGGUUUAGAGCAGGCAAAAGGCAUUCUUGUUUUAGCUGCUACAAACCGUCCUCAUGCAAUUGAUGCUGCACUUAUGCGACCUGGACGCUUUGAUCUAGUGCUUUAUGUCCCACCACCUGAUCUGGAAGCUCGGUAUGAAAUUCUUCGAGUUCAUACACGUGGUAUGAAAGUGGAUCCUGAUGUUGAUUUGGGACAGAUAGCAGCAGAUACGGAGCUCUUCACUGGGGCUGAACUGGAGGGGCUCUGCAAAGAGGCUGGAAUUGUAGCUUUGAGGGAAGAUAUAUCGGCCACUCUUGUUUGUAGUCGGCAUUUCCAAACAGUCAGGAAUUCCCUAAAACCAGCUCUUACAAGAGAGGAUAUCAAUUUGUAUUCCUCAUUCAUGAAAAAUCCGUUAUUGAGGUCUUCUGCUCCAUCUAAACCCAGGUCCAACCAUAGAGUCAAGGAGACCAAGAAACUUUUCAUUUUGACGAUACCCAUUACGCUUGGUGUCAUUGGUUUUAUGUUGUAUGGUGGGAUGAAAUAUUUUUUGACAUCUCCGGACAGAGUACCGAAAGUUUUAGCCAGUACAUGAUGGAUGAGUCACAUUUCACUAUAAUUGCAUCAAAGAUGAUUGUACUUGCUGGUCUCUUGUGCUGAGCAAUAUAGUAUUUAACACUCUGGAGACUAAAGAUGAUUGUACCAGCUAGUCGCAAGCACUUGCCAUUGUUUGGAGUUGGGGGGGGCCUGACUUUUGUAUGAAGACUGUUGAAGAACUAGAAUCUGAUUACCAGGCUUAAACUAGGGAGUUGGUAUCCGUUGUCUCAUCUCCUGUCCCCAGCUCCCAAGUCUUGUCUUCUGCUUUCAGUUUGCAAUGAUGCACGGUUAAUGUUAAGGGCACUUUGUCAGCAGGAAACGCUUGGGCUGCCAAAGGAUGCAUUUGAAGCGGAUUCGCAACAUAUAUGAGAGUUGAAAUUAUAUUACAGCAAAUUCUUUUAAUCAGACUGAUGAAUGUUGUAGUUUUCUUUCCUUUAAUUCCCUUCCAAAGAUGGUUAGCUUACUCAUUAUUAUUAUUAUUAUUAUUAUUAUUAUUAUUUUGGUCAAAACGGCAACCUGUAUUUCUAAUGAUGAUCAGUACAUUAACAAUUGUGCGGAGCAAAUGCCCAGAGAUCCAUACAGCUUGUUAUUCUUCA